UUCGUGCUGUUCCCUUCUCACAGGAGAUUCCUGUCAACGUCCGAUUCUGCCUUGAAGGCAUGGAGGAGUCAGGCUCCGAGGGCCUAGACGAGCUGAUUUUCGCCCAGAAAGACACAUUCUUUAAGGAUGUGGACUAUGUCUGCAUUUCUGACAAUUACUGGUUGGGAAAGAAGAAACCCUGCAUCACCUAUGGCCUCAGGGGCAUUUGCUACUUUUUCAUCGAGGUGGAGUGCAGCAACAAAGACCUCCAUUCCGGGGUGUACGGGGGCUCGGUGCACGAGGCCAUGACUGAUCUCAUUUUGCUGAUGGGCUCUUUGGUGGACAAGAGGGGGAACAUCCUGAUCCCCGGCAUUAACGAGGCCGUGGCCGCCGUCACGGAAGAGGAGCACAAGCUGUACGACGACAUCGACUUUGACAUAGAGGAAUUUGCCAAGGACGUGGGGGCGCAGAUCCUCCUGCACAACAACAAGAAAGACAUCCUCAUGCACCGAUGGCGGUUCCCGUCUCUCUCCCUCCAUGGCAUCGAAGGCGCCUUCUCUGGGUCGGGGGCCAAGACCGUGAUUCCCAGGAAGGUGGUUGGCAAGUUCUCCAUCAGGCUCGUGCCGAACAUGACUCCUGAAGUCGUCAGCGAGCAGGUCACAAGCUACCUAACUAAGAAGUUUGCUGAACUGCACAGCCCCAACGAGUUCAAGGUGUACAUGGGCCACGGUGGGAAGCCCUGGGUCACCGACUGCAGUCACCCUCAUUACGUAGCUGGGAGAAGAGCCAUGAAGACAGUUUUUGGUGUUGAGGCAGACUUGACCAGGGAAGGCGGCAGUAUUCCCGUGACCUUGACCUUUCAGGAGGCCACGGGCAAGAACAUCAUGCUACUGCCUAUGGGGUCGGCGGAUGACGGAGCCCACUCCCAGAAUGAAAAGCUCAACAGGCAUAACUACAUAGAGGGAACCAAGAUGCUGGCCGCGUACCUCUAUGAGGUCUCCCAGCUGAAGGACUAGGCCCGGCCUCCUGUGUGUCGCCUCCAACGAGAAGGAAUCCUGCCCUCACCUCACCCUUUUCCGACUUGCCCAGGGAAGUGGAGGUUCCCUCUUUCCUUUCCCUCUUGUCAGGUCAUCUACGACUUCAGAGAACAGACACAAGUGUAUCCAGCUGUCCAUGGGUAGAGCUACCCGAUGGGCUUAUGAGUGACCUAGAGUGACAGCUGAGUCACCCUGGGUAAGUUCUCGGAGUGGUCAGGAUGGCUUGACCUGCAGAAAAUACCCAAGGUCCAAAAGCACAAGGUCUGCAGAAAGUUCUGGUUGUUGACUGGGUACCACAGUUCACACCUAUAAUCCCAGCACUUUAGGAGGCCAAGGCAGGAGGAUCACUUGAGGCCAGGAGUCUGAGACCAGCCUAGGCAACAAAACAAGACUCUGUCUCUACAAAAAGUUUAAGAAAUGAACCAGACACGAUGGUGUAUGCCUGUAGUCCCAGCCACUCAGAAGGCCGAGGCAGGAGGAUCGCUCGAGACCAAGAGUUUGAGCUUGCAGUGAGCUAUGAUUGCACCACUGCACUCAAGUCUGGGCAAUGUAGCGAGACCCCGUCUACAAGAAGUUUUUUAAAAAAUGAGCCAGGUGUGGUGGUGCACGCCUGUAGUCCCAGCUACUCAGGACACUGAUGUAGGAGGGUUGCUUGAGACUGAGAGUUGGAGGCUGCAAUGAGCCGUGACUGCCCCACUGCACUCCAGCCUGGGCGACAGAACAAGACCCCAUCUCAAAAAAAAAAAAUUCUGGUUGUCAUUGAAUUGGGAUAAACAGAGAGUUUGAUGCUUUCUGCCUUCUGUCUCAGGUGAUGCAUUGCACAUUUGGGAUAUAUGGAAAGGAAAUGAGGAGAGAAGUCAGGGCCUCCUCUGAUCUCUCGCUAUCUGCGGGUCCUGUCCUUUUCUCAAGACCUUCACCAUUACUGGCGUUUCCCUGUCUUCUCUUUAGUAUGAUCCCUCAAAACCUCACCUAACUGGAAGGAUGAUUUUGUCUCAGUUUGUACUCCUAAAUAAAAAGUAAACAUGACACCUCUAAAA